GAAAAUCCCCAACCGUCACCUCAGCCACAAACGGAUGUGCUCACAAUCUGUUAUCCAUCGUUCACAUUUCCAUUUCUUUUUUUUCUUCUUCAGAAUAUUCUGCAAUGAAACCCUAAACGAUUCUCCUUUCUCCUCCAUCCCUCCAAUCCCACUUCGCCACGUCACUCUCCCUCUCCAUUCCUCCAUUCUCAUCUACCAUAUUCCAUCUUCCAUCUUCCUCCACUCUCCUCCAGGUGGGCUCUUCUUCCCUCGCUUCCAGGAGAUUUCAGAAGGAUAAACCCCACCCUAAAUCUUUUACCCAAAUUUCCUAAUUUCUCUUCCGUAACUCUUCUUCCUUCGUAAUUCCUUUUCCCAGGGAUUCCUUCUCCGACUUCGUGAUUGCCUUCAAUCACAAUCCGCAAUGGCCGGUGAUGCUUCUUCUUCCAACGCCUUCUCCUUUCUUUCCAAAGGCUGGAGGGAGGUUCGCGACUCGGCGGAUGCGGAUCUUCAGUUGAUUAAGGACAGAGCUAACUCUUUCAAGAAUUUGGCGACGUCGUUCGACCGGGAAAUCGAGAACUUCUUUAAUUCCGCUUCUAGUUUCUCUGUUCCUGCAAUUGGUUCUGGCUCCUCUCCUCCUGCUGAAAUUGAGUUUGUUAAGAAAUUGCAGCCGAAGAUAUCGGAAUUUCGCAGGGUGUACUCUUCGCCGGACUUUAGCAAGACUGUACUGGAGAAGUGGAAGCCCAGGACGAGGAUUCGGAUCGAUUUGUCUGCUAUUAAGAACGCAAUUGUGUCCGAGGUGGAAGUUGGGGAUGGGGUUAUCGAUGGUGCUGGGAUGAGGAAAUGGAACAGAGUGAGGUUUAGAGAGUUUUGGGGAGAGAACGAGAGCGAGGAGGUGGCCGUUACUAGGGAUUGGGAGCCAAUCCAAGCGUUGAAAACAAGAUUGAGGGAGUUCGAGAAGCGGAGUUCGUCGGCCGAGAUGUUUGAAAGCUUUAAGAACGGGGACUUCGUGGAGAAAGUGAAGUCGAGCUUGAGAUCAAUCUGCAAGGACCCUGAAGACUCAAAGGAGGUGCCACCACUGGGUGUUCCUGAGCUUUUAGCAUGCUUAGUUAGGCAAUCUGGAUCUUUCCUUGAUCAAAUUGGCAUUAGAAGAGAUGUUUGUGAUAAGAUAGUGGAAAACUUGUGUAACAAACGCAAGAAUCAAUUACUAUGGGGCUCCACUUCAGGAGAAACCUCUAUUUUAGGAAAUGAUAGCGUAAAUGAUGAAUUGGAUUCAAGGGUAGCCAGUGUCCUAGAAAGUACUGGACAUUGCUAUGAUGGUGGGUUUUGGACUGAUCAUGGAAAGCACAUACCAUCAGAUGGGAAAAGGCACGUUGCUAUCGUCACGACCGCUAGCCUUCCAUGGAUGACGGGAACAGCUGUAAACCCGUUGUUUAGGGCUGCAUAUCUUGCACAAUCUGCAAAACAAAGUGUAACGUUAUUAGUUCCUUGGCUUUCCAUGUCAGAUCAGGAGUUAGUUUAUCCUAACCAUCUCACCUUUAGUUCUCCAGAAGAGCAAGAGACUUACAUUCGUAAAUGGCUUGAGGAAAGAAUUGGGUUUAAGCCUGAUUUUAAAAUUUCAUUCUAUCCAGGAAAGUUCUCAAAAGAGAGGCGGAGUAUCAUACCAGCUGGUGAUACUUCUCAGUUUAUCCCUUCCAAGGACGCUGACAUAGCUAUCUUGGAAGAACCAGAACACCUUAAUUGGUACCAUCAUGGCAGGCGUUGGACCGAUAAAUUUAACCACGUUGUCGGUGUGGUCCAUACGAACUACCUGGAAUACAUCAAGCGGGAGAAAAAUGGCGCUCUGCAAGCAUUCCUUGUGAAGCACAUAAACAACUGGGUCAUCAGAGCUUACUGUCAUAAGGUUCUUCGACUUUCUGCUGCCACCCAAGAUCUUCCCAAGUCUGUUAUUUGCAAUGUGCAUGGUGUAAAUCCAAAGUUCUUAAAAAUUGGAGAAAAAGUCGAUGAAGAUAGAAAGCUUGGGAAUAUAACUUUUUCAAAAGGCGCAUAUUUCUUAGGCAAAAUGGUCUGGGCAAAGGGAUACAGAGAACUGAUAGAUUUGCUUGCAAAGCACAAGCAUGAGCUUGAUGGGUUCAAUUUGGAUGUGUUUGGAAAUGGAGAGGACGCCCACGAGGUUCAGAGCACAGCUAAAAAGUUAGAGCUGAAUGUAAACUUCUUGAGAGGAAGGGACCAUGCAGAUGAUUCACUUCAUGACUACAAAGUUUUUAUAAACCCGAGCGUCAGCGACGUUCUCUGUACCGCUACGGCGGAGGCUCUUGCCAUGGGAAAGUUUGUAGUAUGUGCAGAUCAUCCAUCCAAUGAUUUCUUCAGGUCUUUCCCCAACUGUUUGACAUUCAAGUCAUCCGAAGAUUUUGUUGCCAAAGUGAAAGAGGCAUUGGAAAACGAACCUCACCCUCUUACUCCUGAGGAAAGAUACAAUCUCUCAUGGGAGGCUGCUACCCAGAGAUUCUUGGAGUAUUCUGAUCUCAACAAAGUCUUGAACAGUGAUAAAGAAUUGGAAUCGAACGGAACCGAUCGGAAAGCGAUCAGGAAGUCGAUCUCAACACCUAGUCUGACUGAAGUCGUUGAUGGCGGUCUUGCGUUUGCCCAUUAUUGUCUUACUGGUAACGAACUCCUCAGACUCUGUACCGGAGCAAUCCCGGGGACCCGUGAUUACGACAGACAGCACUGUAAAGACCUCCGUCUCCUUCCUCCUCAGGUCGAAAAUCCUAUCUAUACAUGGUAAGCAGAUACAUUACAAACUUUCAUCUGCAAAACUGUCUGUUAUGUUAGGUUGGUAGAUGCAUAUCCAAGGAUCGUUAUUUAGGGUGUGUGUGAUCCCUGUAGAAUAGCGGAACUCCCGGAUCACUAUGGCCGAUUUUCGUAGAUUAAUAUAGAACAGAAUAGAAAAUAUGUGUGAAGAAUCUGGCUAUGCUGUAAGCUGAUGGGUUGUGUGGAAACCAUCACAUGCUUCAUUGCCAGUUCUAUGUUCUUGAUUAAAUGGAAGUGUAGCAUAGGAAUUGCAAUAUUUAUUAAGUGUUGAGGAAGUUAUACAUAGUUACUUUCUGAAACUAUAGUCUUAAGGGAACUUUAUACACAUCCACGUUACAAUAAUAUGAUCUAUGUCA